AUGGGAUCCUGGGCGCGUUCCAACUUCGGCUCCUCGCGCGCCGACGGCCUCGUGAAGAAGGGCCUCCUCUGCGAGAGGACAGAGAGGGAUGAGUGGAGGUUCCCUGAGAUGGAGCAGGAGAAGAAGAGGAUCACCAGCUUGCUGCAGGCCAUCAAGCACCUGAAGGGGAGGGGACUGACCAGAGCCGGGGUCAUCGGAGCGUACCACGCCCGGAGGGUGGCGCCGCUGAUGCUCCAGGUCCGCUCGCUUGCCGAGAUGACCCCCAGCGCGCCAACCGAGGGCACCGUCCUUGCGACGGGUGCGUUCGCUGCUUGCGAGAUCCGGCAGCGGGUCCGGGAGGCACUGGAGGACAAGGACGCCGACUAUCCGGUGCCCGGCCACCCUCCGAUGCGCCCAGACGAGAAUUUCAUCGAUCUGGUAAGGACUCCCGCCGCCCCUCAAGGCCUCGUCCCACAGCUGGUGCCCAAGAAGGCGCUGCGGGUGUUGUCCGCCCCUGCAGGGCGGACCGCGGCCCUGCCCACAGCGAGCGCCAGGGUCCCUGGUGAGGUCACGGGUCCCACCGCGGAGGUGGCCCCCGCGGCGGCGACCGGUGGAGUGGUGCUGCCGCUGGGCACGAGAGAGGGUGCGGACCCCGCUCCGCCUUCCGUUUCUUCGGUCGACCCCGCGGUGCAGAGUAUCGCUCCCGGGGGCCGUCAGGCCAGGGAGGGGAUCAACCUCGAUGCCGACGAGGCGGAGGGAACGGCGGCAGUGGAGAUUGGGACAGAUGUCCCAGCGGCCGCGACGGGGAUGGCGGCAGUGAUGGAGGAAGGAGAGCGUGCCCCCACGGCCACGGCGGGGACGGCGGCAGCGGGGGAGGCUGGGACGCCCACCCCGGCAGCAGCGACGGAGGAGGCGGUGGCGACGGAGACGGGGACUUCCGCCCUUGGAGCCACGACGGAGGUGGCACCGGCGGCGGAGGAGGAGGUGCCUGCUCCGGAGGCCCCGACAGGGGCGGAGACGCCUACCUCAGCGGUUGCGACGGAGGACGACGCAGCCACGGGGACACUCGCUCCGGCGCCCGCGUUGGAGGUGGUGGCACCAACGGGCGGGCCCGCAUUGGAGGUGGUGGCGCCGAUGGACGGGCCCGCGGCGGCCUCGAUAGGGGCAGGGGUGCGUGCGCUGAGACCGUCGGUGAGCCCGGCGGCUUCCGGGAUGGUGGUGCCCGUUUUGACAGCGGCGUCGAGGUCGGCUCCCGCCUCUGCCUUGGCCACUCCCAUUCCCAAGGAGUGGAGAGGGUCCGUCCUACGUUGGUCGUCUCGUGACGACCCGUAG